AUGGUUCUUUGGUUCAAUAGCGGCCACUCGUACGACUACGACUUUGCCACCGUCACGUUGGCGUAUAUGAACAGAUAUCCCAACCCGUAUGCAACACAUGUGCAGUCCGUAGAUACGAUUGAUUGCCGGAUUGACGCCACCACCGGCGAUUUGAUGUUGACCAAGCUCAUCGUCAAGACAGGGCGCUUACCCAAGUUCAUCACUUACUUUGUAGGCGAUGUGACCAAGUCCUGGGUCAUGGAGAAGAUCCGUAUCAACCGCGAUACCCAGACGAUGACUACCUACACGCGCAACUUGGACCACAAGAAGAUCAUCAUCAUCGAGGAAUUUACGCACUAUUCCACCAACGCGGAUGGGUUUACAGAUGUGCAAUCGUCAGUGAAGUUCUCCAGCGGAAUCAACAAGUUUGGCAUCAAGAACAAGCUCGAAAGCUGGGGCCACAGCAAGAUGCAAGAGAAUCUCAGAGGGAGCAGAGAGGGUUUGAAGUUUGUCAUGCUGAAGGUGAACGAAAGAAGACAGGCCUGGCUGGAACAGAUGGCUUGA